AUGAACAACGCCAGUAGGUGUCUUCCCAGCGAUGCGUUCCUGUGCGUCGAUCGCGGCCUCUUGUUGCCGCUGCUGGACAGGGGUCAGUGGGCGGCUAGCACCAGGGCUGUGUUCUACUUUAUCGGUCUGCUGUACUCGUUCGUCGGCGUGGCAGUGAUUGCCGACGUGUUCAUGUGCGCAAUCGAGCGCAUCACCAGCUCCACCCGCAAGAUCAGGGUCGUCUCUGUCGCCGUCCCCGGACAGCCCGUUGCCAGGUCCCCGGCUCUCUACCGAGACGUGCUAAUCUGGAACCCAACUGUUGCCAACCUGACGCUGAUGGCUUUGGGCAGCAGCGCGCCAGAAAUCCUCCUGUCGAUCAUAGAAAUUGUUGGUAAGUACUACAGACGCGCUGAGACCUCCUCCCUGUUGUUGCACUUACUCUGUUGGAGUUUUUUAUCUUAAUU